CUCCUUGUGAGUAGCGCGCAGUGCUACAACUGUCACACGACUGCAACUCCUCUGCGGAGGAAGGACGCUGAAGGCAAGACCAUUUGCAACGUAUGUGGCCUCUACUACAAGCUUCACAGCUCUGCUCAUCCCAUUAGUAUGAAAUCUGAUAUUAUUCGGAAGCGCUCU